AUGGUCCUUACAGGUGGCACCUUCAACGAUAAAAAUGUGCGGAAGGUGAAAAAGAGGUUUAAUGUCACAUGGAAUGACUUCGUCGAGCGCGUGGAGGUGGCAGAUGUCAUGAAGCAUGAGAAGGCAUAUCAUGACUUGAUAUGCGGCAAGGAUGAGAACAUGUGUGGUCUCGACGUUUUUUCUACUAUCACACAUAGCAAGGAGUCGAGCGAUAUGAUCGAGAGAUUUAUCAAGGAUAGGAAGUCUGCGUGGGCAGCGAAGAAUUUUAUCGAUCUUGAACACGAAGAACAGCAGGAAGGAAAUAGAAAUACGAAGGGAAAGCAGGCCAUCCGUCCCGCAACUGAUGACGCUGUAGAGAGAAAGAAGGGGAAAAUUGUUGUCCGCACUACGAAUGAGCAUCAGAUAAUAUCAGAACAAGAGGGUGGCGCCAUGAAGAAUAGUAAACACGGUGUCCAGAACACAGCGGCGGUUACAGGAAACAUUCAGGACUAUGGGGCUGCAAAUGUUUUAGCAAUUCCCAAAGGAGAAGGCGACGGAAUGAGCGACACCGAACAUGAAUUGGAGCAAUUGGACACUUUGGCGAUAUCAUCAAGCUAUCAAAAAGACGACGAUGCUUCAGAGGCUUUGACUAAAGUGAUGGAGUCAGUGGGCGCUCCAAGGAAAACGAAACAGAAAGUGAAUCACGGUACGAAAUCUGUAGAUGUGGUCAAAAACGAAGCAACGCAUGUAGUUGCAGGAAGAGCUGGAAAAAAGUCGUCUAACACAGUCACGAACGAGGAAGAAUUCAAGCUGGCAGCCUUCACAAGUAUCGAUGCAGGGCAGGGCCGUCAAGCAAAAAACGCGUUUCUAACGGCAGCUUUGGUUGAUGACACGCAAAGCCUGAUGAUGCGAGCCAUGAUAGAAGGAGAUGGACAAGACAUCAGCAAGAAAUUGAUAGUCUGGAUGAUACAACGAUUUCGCACACUCGUUGGAGUCCCACUAGAUGCGCCCCUCAACGGCCAACUCAUCACACAGUCACCUGAUGAAUACCACGAACUGACGGAGAAUGACUACUUCGAGGCACUUGGGAUAGAAAGACUGUAUGCUGCAUUGGUCAAUGCAGAGAAGAGCCCUGAACAUCUGAUUCAUCUCGCACAUGCUCUUGGGAGGGCAGCCAAGGAGACAAACAUAUUAUCCGAUUCUAAGCCAGAAACACCGUCCUUAGACCCCCUACCCCCCACGACGUUGCCGCGUGCCACUACGUCACGCAUGAGCACUAUUCCGUUCAAAAAUAACAUCGAAAAUGAUCAGCGGAAAUCCACAAUGAAGGAUACGCACAUAGAUGAUGGACCCGUGUCGGAUCAGGGGAAGGCAGAAGGCAAGUCAGCAUAUGACACUGAAGACCGUGGCGAUCGCAAUACAGGAGAUUUUGCAGCAGAUGCAGAUGAGGAUGAUGUAUCCAUGUCUGACAACGUGCGCAAUGCGAGCCAGGUUUCUGAGCUUCAUGGAGUUCACACUCCCACUAAUCACACUAUAAUUAACGGCGUCACAACAGAAAAGCUAGAUGUUACCCAGGACGUACCAAGGCAGGAUAAGAAUAACAUGAACAUUAACUCCUCGAACGUUUCCACGGAUUUGAUGGACACGGAGGCGGUAAACGAUGGAAAAAGCGCCAGUAACAAUGGGAAUUCGAGUGUGGGCACACCCAGAGAAGGGAAAAGGAAAAAAGAAGACUCGGUGGCAUUUUCUGGUACAAAGGAUAAGAGGCGGAGAGGAAAUAUAAAUCACUCGAACCCUCUGUCCUCGACAUCUCGCAUGCCAGAGGAGAAGUCCGGCUGCAUAAAUGGUGUGCCAAACCACUCAAUUCGAUCCUAUUCACGCCUCCCACUUCCAUUGCACCAAGACACGCACAUCCACCUCACUUACCGGAUGAAUGCAAAUAAUCCUCGCAAGAAAUGCUGGGAGCGGUCGAGGCCAAGUCAUUCAGACCCUCAUUUGGAUAUCACUCCUCCCACCCUCGAACCAAAUUAUGGGCAGUCUUCCAACUCAGGGAUCGUACAAUGUGUUGACGUCUACACUCACAUCGAACAUCUCGACCCAAAGGCUGUGCACGAAAGAAUCGUCAAUGCUAAUAAAUGUCUCGCAGAUGCCGGCCACAUCCCAACAAUACUCCAAUAUACUUCUUCCGCGACCAACAACCUGCCAUCUGACGAAGGUGAGCAGCGCAAGAAGAAGCGCAAGGCUCAUAUGGACACUAAUGCAACGGAAAAGCCGCAAAAUCUCACCUGGAAAGAUGCUCUAGCUUGCAUCAAGUUCAAGAGAAAGACGGCGGGGAGGACGAAAGGGAUUAAGCCACCCCCCUCUGCGUCUAUCAUGGAUGUAACACGCCUAUCUGACGGCUUGUAUGUUUGCCUUAAAAUAGUCAAGAAGUCGGAGUAUCCUGAUGAGGCAGACAUUGGACUAUAUUUCAUGUCGGACAAACUUGCGUCUGAUCCCAAUAAAAAUUGCGUUAUUCCGAAAGACCAAGCUAUCGGAGUUGGUAAGGACUAUGGAAGGUGGUUAAGGACUUGUGUACUCAAUUACGCUGCAGCCUUCACAUCCUGA